GUAUGUCUCGUACCGUAAAGGAGCAUCGACUUUUUACGUCAUGAUUAUAAAAACAUUCCAAAUUACACGGGUUAGUUCUUGUUAUUAUGAAAUUUAAUAUUUACGAGAUUUUAAUGUUGUUCUUUGGAAAAGGUUCUUCUAAAAAUGUCUCGCAGUUUAAAGAAAUUGAGCGAAGAAAGCUUGAAUCGGCCAGCAGAAGAAGUGUUUGAUCUUUUGGCAAAACUUGGUGAAGGAGCUUAUGGAUCUGUGUACAAAGCUAUGCAUAAAGAAAGUGGAGAGGUUCUGGCUAUAAAGCAAGUUCCUGUUGAUACAGACCUUCAAGAAAUCAUAAAAGAAAUAAGCAUCAUGCAGCAGUGUGACAGCCCAUAUGUUGUGAAGUAUUUUGGAAGUUAUUUCAAAAACACAGAUUUAUGGAUUGUAAUGGAAUAUUGUGGAGCUGGUUCUGUAUCAGACUGCAUGCGUCUUCGAAAUAAAACAUUAACUGAAGAUGAAAUUGCUUGCAUCUGUCGAGACACAUUAAAAGGAUUAGAGUAUUUACAUCUGAGAAGAAAAAUCCAUAGAGAUAUUAAGGCUGGAAAUAUUCUUCUAAACACAGAGGGUCAUUCAAAAUUAGCUGAUUUUGGUGUUGCUGGUCAGUUGACUGAUACAAUGGCUAAACGGAACACAGUCAUUGGAACUCCAUUCUGGAUGGCUCCUGAAGUUAUACAAGAGAUAGGAUAUGAUUGUAAAGCUGAUAUUUGGUCAUUGGGAAUUACACUAUUGGAAAUGGCAGAAGGCAAGCCACCACAUGCGGAUAUUCAUCCUAUGAGAGCAAUAUUUAUGAUUCCUACAAAACCUCCUCCAACUUUUAAACAUCCUGAAAAGUGGUCUAAAGAUAUGAUUGAUUUUGUUUCAAAAUGUCUUGUAAAAAACCCCGAUGAUAGAUUGUCUGCUACAGCUCUUCUCCAGCACCCAUUCAUUAAAAACUCAAAACCAGUAGAAGUGUUAGCACAAAUGUUAAGUGAUGCAAUGCGCAUUCGUGAAGAAGAAGUUGAAAAAAAUAAUGGAAAUGAUGAUGAAGAUGGAAUUGAUGACAAUGAUCAGGAUAUCUUUGUGACAGCUCACACAGACACUAUUAUGGCAAAUCAAGAUAUGGGGACUAUGAUAUUGAACAAUGAUAUUGAUUCCAAUGAUGGUACAAUGAUUAUAAAUAGUGGUACAAUGAUUGGUCACGAAAUGGAUACAAUGAUUACAAUUAACUCUGGUACUAUGAUUGAAAACAUGGGAACUAUGGUCAUUAAUGAUGGGGAUGAUUGUACAAUGAAAAGUUUGGAAUCAAGUACAGGAAAAUCAACACAAUAUAGACCGGCAUAUCUUGAACAUUUUGAGAAAUUAGAACUUCAAAAUCAAAGAAAUAUAGUAGGAAAUAAAAGAGUCAAUGAAAAUAUGCUUAAAGGGUCAGAUCCAAAUGUACCAGGGAAACUUUUAGGACCAAUUGAUUUUGAAUUUUUAAAGAAUCUUUCAUUUGAAGAACUUCAACAGAGAAUGAGUUCGCUUGAUACGGAUAUGGAAAGAGAAAUAGAAGAUUUACGUAGACGUUACCAAGUCAAACGUCACCCUAUUAUUGAAGCCAUGGAAGUAAAGAAACGCAGGCAAGCAAAUUUUUAAAUGUAGAAUCCUUAAGUCGCGGCAGCUUUAUGCAGGUCGUACUAAGUACCAAUUCCAAGUAAUAAAUAUCAAAUCAUAAUGAUACAAAAGAAAAACUUGGAAAUAGUCGGCGAAUAAAGAAGUUAUUGAAGCCAUUAGGAUUCCAUAUUUUGACCCACGUUUGAUGUUAAAUUAUUUUAUUGCACUCUAAGUGAAUUUUUAAAUGAAAAGUCAGCAGCAGAUCAUUUCAGUGUUGAUUAUUAAAAUCAACCUUCGAUGUCAGCUAAAACUAGUAAGAGAUAUUUUUAUAUAAGCAAUUUCAAUAUUUGUUAACAAUUUAAAUUUUAUUA